UUGCCACUAUUGGUAGCUGGAGGUGCAGAUAACCCAGCCUCAGUCAUUUUUGUCGGCUUUUAGUUACAGUUGCAGUAACUAUGAACCAGCAGUUUAAAGACACCGAGUCCGACGUAGCUGAUACAGUGGAGAAGCUUAAGCAUAAAUAUUUGGAGAGGAGGAAACAGUUGCCACCUUCAGAAGACAUUAUCUCAGGAACCAGUGAUGAAGCAGCACAAAGGCCCAUUUUGGGCCACAGAUCCAAACGGUCAAGCAAGGAGUUGAAAUGCUACAGCAAAGCUUUAAAUGAGCUGUUCAAAGCAGUUACCAGCCAUCCUGAACAUAUUAUGUCUUAUCUAAGGUUUGGCAGUGAUCACACUCUACAUGGCAGUAAUGAGGACCUGAGUGGGGACUUUACACCCGCCCCACUUCAGGACUCUCAGGUGCUGUUUACAGAAACGGAUGUGACCCUGCCUUCCUGUCUGGAUGUUAGCCCUGGGUUCAAUGAAACUGAGGAAGACAGAGAGUUGCAGAGAGCUCACCAACUCCCUGACCCAUGCCGCUCCUCAUCCUUAGUACCAGUAAAGGUUUACCAGGAGAUGAUGACCAUCUAUGAACAGCUAAAGGCAGAGCGACAAAGCCAGCAGCAAUGGGAGAACGAGCUGCACGAGCGAGAGAGGAAGCUGAAACAACAGGAGGAGGCUUUUGGGAGACUGGCCGGGCUGGAGGAGAUGCUCCAAACUUGCAUUCUUGCUGUAGAGGAGAAACACCAGCAGGAGCUGAGCAAGCUGCAGGAUCUUCUUCGAGAGCGGGGCAAAGAAAACAGGAGGCUCAAAUCCAGUUUUGACACCAUCAAGGAGCUGAAUGACAACAUGAAGAAACAGCUGAAUGAGAUCAGUGAACAGAAUAAGAAGUUGGAGAGCCAGUCCAGGAGGGUGCAGGCUCGACUUGAGAAUCUGCAGAGAAAAUAUGAACACAGCAUAGCAUCAAGAGGCUGUCAGAAAGGGAGUGUUAAAAACAUGGAGUAUAUUAAACCAUCCAAAAAGGAGAAAACGGCUGCCUUGGGAAAACCCGGGAAGAAGGGCAGCUCUAGUCCCACCCCAUUAAAGCUCCUGGCCCUCUUAUUGGACUGGGUACUUGAUGGACAGACGUUCUCAUCAGUAGCAGGAAAUGAAGGGAAAGGUGUAGGCCAGUGUCUGCCUCUGGAGGUUGUGCUCAACGACAGAUGCCUUAAGGUGCUGCCGUUAUUAGCAGAUCAGCUUCAUCACACUCCCGUGUCAGACCCGGACCUCCUCCUCAGCCUUCUUCGCCUCAUCCACUGGGCUUUGAGACACAUGGACAAUAGCACACAGCAUCUAGCAUUAUCUGCCACUCUUCGGCGGAUCGGAGAGGAGGUGUCAAAGCCUGCAGCCCAGUCAGGGCUGCAGUCUGAAGAUCCAGACCUGCCUAAGUCUUGCAGUGAUGCAGCCGGACCCUUCAGGAACUGGCCCCUUUACCGGAGCUCCUGUCCUCACACACGUAUCCUCUCCACCCUCAUCAUCCUCCGCACUGUCACACAAGCUGAUGUGCUGGCCCAGGCUCUGGACAACCUCCAUACUGACCUGAUGUCUGAGGAGAGCCGAGGCCUUUUCAUCCACUACGGAGGACUGUGUGUGCUAUUGACGGUGUUACGGGCCAGCCGUGGAGGUCUACACACACACAUAGACAUCCUGAUGCAGCUAACCGAACAGUCUCGCUACCUAAAUCCCUUCUUGGAUGCGUGUAGCUGUGAGGACUUUUUCCGAACAGCAUCUCAGCUCCUUAAACACCCUCGUCUGGAACUCCCAUCAUUGGAGAAGUUCUCCAUCCUUCUGCAGAAGCUCUCCAGCAUCAGGAAGAACCGUCGUCUGUUUGAGCUGUCCUCUGUCCACCUCCAGAUACAAGAGCUUUAUCACAAAAUCAACCACAUGCACACUUUCCUCUGCCUCAACCUCAGGUCCAUUCUCCACAACCUUAAAUAACACACACACACACACACACACACACACACGUUUUUAUCUCCCUCUUGCUGGACUCAAGAUCUCUUUAAAAGCUCCGACUUCCCAGUUAAGACAAAAAUGACUUGCCUUGUAUUUCACUACUUGAGCACGUUGCUCGGUCUUUUAUGUGUGCUCAAACUGUAAUUACCAUAUUUCCAACUGUAAAGUACUUCAGUGCUCCAUCCUGCUCUACCUCAAAUAACAUAUGCAGACCAACAUUCUUUAUUUAUAUAGUGAUAUGUUUUUGAAGUCCUUUUGUCUGUCAGAAGUACUUUAACAUUGUGUAUAUUUUGCACAUUGUGACCCCUCUGUUUUUGCGUUCCACAAUGUUAAUCUGAUGUUUUGUCUUUUUCUGUGAUGAAAAACCUUUUAUAAAAUGAGUGUCAUGCAUGCCAGUGGCCUUAAUGGGUGUCUCAUGUGCUCAGAGGAAGAGAGGCUGUGACUAUGAGCAUUUUAAUGGCAAUAAACAAAAAGAACUGAAGAA